AUGGCCUUGUAUAUAAGACAAAAUGAUGUCCUGCCAUUUAUCAUUCCUCUUGCCACUACACUCUUAUACCGAUUCACCAUGCAGCUGAUUACCUUUCUCGGACUCGCCGCGGCUGUGGCCGUCGCCGAGCCCACCGUCUACUUCAUCCGCCACGGCGAGAAGCCUGCCGAUGACAGUAAUGGUUUGAGCGCCCAGGGCGUGCAGCGCGCCCAGUGCCUGCGUGGCGUUUUUGGCGCCAGCUCCGACUACCACAUUGGCCACAUCAUGGCCCAGACCCCCAAGUCCAGCGGCAAGCGCCAGCGUCCCCUGGACACGGUCAAGCCUCUCGCUGCGGACCUCGGCCUGAGCGUCGACAUCUCUUGCGACCGCGACGACCCCAAGUGCGUCAAGAAGGUUGUCAAGAACUACACGGGUAGCGGCAACAUUCUCAUCUGCUGGGAGCACAAGGCCCUCACUGACCUCGCCGAGGAGCUCGGCGCCGACAACGUCAGCGACUACCCGAGCGACCACUACGACCUUAUUUGGGUCGACCAACCCCCCUACAGCGAGAUCAACAGCGUCCAGACGGAGAACUGCCCGGGCAUCUAA